AUGAGAUAUGCCGUGCAGGCACCAAAACUAUUUACAACUGCUCUAGCCCUUGCAAUACCAAAAGCUAUUUCAAAUGCUGGCUUGGAGGCUUCUCAAGUUGAUUAUUAUGAAAUUAAUGAAGCCUUUGCAGUUGUCUCCCUUUCAAAUAUGAAACUUCUGGGACUUAAUCCAGAAAAAGUAAAUGUACAUGGUGGAGCUGUAUCUUUGGGCCAUCCUCUCAGUUGCAGUGGUGCCCGUAUCUUGGUCACGCUUAUGGGGGUACUGAAGCAGAAGAAUGGCAAAUAUGGAGUUGGCAGUGUUUGCAAUGGAGGAGGAGGUGCAUCAGCCCUGGUUGUGGAGCUCCUGUAAUUCUUUUUUAUGUUUGGUAAGUCUCAUUAAUAGUAUAUUUCAACUAGUAUUCGUAUCUAUCACCCCUCAUAUGUUGGUAAUUAUGGUCAAGAGUGGCUCAGCGUCCUUAGG